AUGCCGGCACGAAACAAUCUCAACGUUUAUAAGGGCCCUGACUCUGUCAAGGAUUACUUCAAUCCUGACAAGGCACCACCAUUGCCGCUUGUGGAGCUUCCCGACGCCCUCAAUCCAUACCGACAAGAUGGCAUCCGUAUCUACGCCAAGAUGAUGACUAUGCACCCCGCAAACAAUGUCAAAGCUAUGCCAGCCCUCAAUCUUCUUGAGCAUGGGGUUGCUCCCGACAAGACCAAGACCGUGGUUGAAUACAGCUCUGGUUCAACUGUCAUUUCCAUGGCUUUGAUGUCACGCGUGCUCUACGACUUAGGAGAUGUGCACGCCUUCCUGAGCAAUAAGACGACAUCGGCAAAGUUGAAAUUGAUGCAAUUCUUUGGUCUUAAACUUACUUUAUUUGGCGGUCCUUCCCAACCGGAACCGAACGACGAGCGUGGCGGAAUUCGAGCAGCAUACCGCUGGGCACAGGAAUCCGAAUCUGUUGUCAACCCCGACCAAUACAACAACGAUCUGGUGAGACAUCUUGUCAAGCGUUAUGGGCGUGUUGUUACAGCUACUGAUCGAGCCAACAAGAACUGGAAAUCUCAUAUGCGAUGGACAGGCCCGCAGAUUCUGGAACAAUUGCCCGAAAUUAGCCUGAUUUGCGCAGGAAUGGGAACCUCUGGGCCACGGUCCCUGGCUCUCCUGGCUCCUGUCAAUUUCCCCUGGAAGUCAGCUGUCGACCAUAUUGAGGAGGUCGCAUCCCACCCCUCAUUCUCGCUUUCCCUGGAGCUGUGCCGCAGCGGCAUUGUCUGCGGUCCCUCAUCCGGAUUCAACCUCCAAGGACUUUUCCAGCUCAUCGAGAAAAGAAAGCAGAAUGGGACAUUGGAUGAGCUUGCAGGGCAAGACGGUCAAAUUCACUGCGUCUUUUUGUGUUGCGAUCUCCCGUACCAAUACAUGGACGAAUAUUUCGACAAACUAGACUCCGAGCAGUUCCCUCCGAUCAGAAACUCCGAAUUGAGUGGUGUUGACCUCUACCGAUACGACUCGGCCUGGGAAAAGGACCCUCUGGUGGCCCUCAGCGACUUUUACCACUUGGACAAGAUACUGACAAGAGAUCUUCUUUUCUUCGUGUCGAAGAGACGGUCAGAUGAGCGACAAGGCUGGGAGAAGAUUGUAGCCCCGUCACCAGACACCAUUGUGGUCGACUUGCGUCAGCCCGAGGACUUCGACCAGUUCAGUCUCCCGGGGUCUGUCAACUUCCCGCUCAUCGAAGCGGGUACUCCAAGCCCCUUCUCAGAUCCAAAGGUCUUGGCAUCGCUUUGGCGAGAGCUUGAGGCCAAGCUUAGCUCCGAGAAUGACGACAUCUGCUCUCAGCUCCGCGACAAGCGUUCGCUCAUCAUUUGCUACGAUGGAGACUCUGCUCGCGUUGCCACCAGUGUUCUGCGAGCCAAGGGAUACGCUGCAGACAGUAUGAACGGCGGGAUUCGGGCUAUGCGUGAGGUGGGCUUGCAGCUGGAGGAUCCCUGCGGGCAGCCGCUCUUUCAAGGUUACCAGGGGCAGUCCGUGAGCUCUGUCACCCACUAG